CUUCUUAUUCCGUCUCUUUCAUCCUCCAGUUUUAUUGUCGGUUACGUUUGCCCCAACUUAAAAAGUCUCUCCAUUAACUGGUAGUAGAAGAUGAGGGAUAAUUUUGACAGGCUCUAUAUGGGAUUCAGCAGAUUGUUUGGCACGACGGCGAGGUAUGGUGUAGGUUACUUCUCAAGAGCAAGAACCGAUAAGAUUGAACCCCACGAAUACAUUGAGGAUGGUAACCCCGACGAACUCAAUGCAGCUGAUUCCAAGUACAGUUAUUGGUUGAAAGAGCACCCUUCUGCAUUGAGAGCAUUCCAAGGGAUCAUGAAAGCAGCAGUGGGAAAGCAAAUUGUCAUUUUUUUAGAUUACGACGGGACUCUAACGCCGAUUGUGGAUGAGCCCGACCGUGCAUUUAUGUCUGAUGCGAUGCGUUCGGCUGUAGGGGGAGUUGCCAAGCACUUUCCGACCGCUAUAAUAAGUGGUAGGAGCCGCAACAAGGUAUAUCAAUUUGUUAAGCUAGAUGAGGUAUACUACGCUGGGAGCCAUGGGAUGGACAUCAUGGGGCCUCCUACGAAAUUGAAGUCCUAUGAGGGCAAGUAUCACACAAACGCCCUUGAUAAGAAAGGUGAUGAACUAUCCAUCUUCCAACCUGCCAAGGAGUUUCUGCCUGCAAUUCGGGAGAUAUUAGAUAAGAUGAAGAAGGGAACCAGUGACAUCGAAGGUGUCUUAAUCGAGGAUAAUGGGUUCUGCAUUUCUGUUCACUACCGACAUGUUGCCCACGUUGAUUAUGGUCCAUUAGAAAAGAAGGUUCUGUCGGUACUUGCAGGGUACCCACGCUUUCAUCUGACGAGAGGCAAAAAGGUUUUAGAAAUCAGGCCAUCGAUACAGUGGAACAAAGGCAAUGCACUGGUUUACUUGCUUGAUACCCUUGGCUUUGCAAGUUCCAGCAGUGUUCUCCCAAUUUAUAUUGGAGAUGACAAAACUGAUGAAGACGCUUUCAAGGUACUUCGACGCAGGGGACUGGGAUAUCCUAUUAUCGUCUCUUCGGCCCCAAGAGACACUCUGGCUUUAUGCUCCUUGCAAGAUCCUUCAGAAGUGUUAUCUUUCUUGAUACGUCUGGCGAGGUGGGUGUCAGCUUCUGAUUAAUUUUCUCUUCAGAAGUGUUUUCGGGGAUGUGGCUGGUGUACAUAGAUGAGAGAUACAUCUUCAUAUGGUGACAGCAGCAUAUCAUGGGACUUGAAGUUUUAGGCAAGUCCCAAUAGACACUAGGUUAUUAUUUCGUGUACAGCAAUCGGAAGGUCUGCACUGCGGUUUUUGGUCUAGUGCAGAUAUCAGCAGCAGCCUGAAGUUUUUCAACCCAAGACUUUGAUGGAUGAACCCAUGACAACAAGAAUAAAGAAGAAACAACACCCCCUGUCCUUAGUAUUAUGUCUGAGCUGAAUUUUAAUUAAAUUUAUCAACCAUCCUGAACUCCUGAUGCUAAACUAUCCAUUUCCAUGCUCUUUGUAAUAUAUAUAUAUAUAUUUGAAGUUGGCUGUAUUCAAGUAUAGAACAACUCUUGGCAGCAAAGAUUUGCGAUGCCCAUGGAUGCAGGUUUCUUCCUUGUACAA